GUGUUAGUUUUUUGUCCUGCUGAGCCAUUUGAGUUGCCAUAUUGUGUUGUGACUUGUGAAUCUUUGCGAGUUUUGAAAAUACGGAUGGAUGGGUCUGUACUUAAGUUGCCUAAUCAUUUCAGAUUUCAUCAGCUUAAAUUUCUUCAUCUUGAAGAAGUUGAGUUAUCAAACGAGCAUUUGACGAGUUGCUUGUUCUCAAGACUAGAAAAACUGAAAUUGGAUAGUUGUAAUUUUGGAAGUAUGACUAUGGUUGAUAUUGCUUCGACGUCUCUGGUUUAUGUGUCUAUAAAGAACUUUGUGGACAACAGAGUAAGUUUCGUCAAUUGUAACAUCAAAAUUUCUUGCCCGAAUCUCAAGGUCUUGAAAUAUGGUGCUCCAUUGGCAAAGGAUAUAAUUCUAGAGAAUCUCUUCUCUAUAGAAGUUGUUCACCUCUUCUUUUUUGAUUCAGACGAUGUAACAGAAGAACUUGGUAUGUGUGUGCAUAAGAUGAUCAAGAAUGUCGUUUCUACUUCAACUUUGAAAUUAUGCCAAAGUUCCAUUGGGGGUUUGUAUGGUGUACUUCAUGGAGUAAGAAACUUCCCAGUCACGUUUUGUAAGCUUAAGUGCUUACAAUUGGCAGUGGCAAUUGAUAAAUCUUGCAUGGAAGUCAUGAUGCUAUUUCUCAAGCAUUCUCCUAAUUUAGAGGUUCUUAAUUUGUUCUCUGACGAGAAUUAUGGUUGGGAUGAAAACUGGAAGUUCCAUGAUCCUAGUGAAAGUGUAGUGUGCUUGGAGUCUCAUCUUAAGUCGAUUCAAUUGACUGGUUUCAAAGACGAAGAUAAAGAGAUCGAGCUACUAAGGUUUUUCCUUAAGUAUGCACAAGUAUUAGAAAAACUGAUAAUUGUUUGGGAUAGGUAUAAUGACACAUCAGAAGAGGCAAUAGAGGAGGUUUUGAAGUUUCCUAGAGCUUCUUCACAUGUUGUUGUCACAUUUCUUAAUGCCAAACCCAAAUCAAGAUCUCGUUACCGCUCAAUAUAAGUUUAAAAGAGGUUUUGAUUGUUAGAACCUAGUUCUUGGACUCUGACUCUCCAAAACUGUUGUCAUACCCGUGUUAGAAGCGUUCAACUUGUCAACAGAUGUUACACGCAUCUCCAAGAUUUGAAAAGUAUCGGUCACCUCUUUCUGCACUGUACCGUAGUUGUUGGCAUAUGAAUGCUAGUGCUUAUGAAGAAGAUUUGUAUGUGCC